AUGGCGACAAAGGGGUGGAGCAGGGGGCUUGCUCUCGGUGUGUGUGUGUGUGUGUGUGUGUGUGCUGGUAUCGACUGUUUCUAUGCCGCCCAAUACCACCGAGACAGCCCAGCCCAACGUUCCUACACUGCUGCGUCCAGAAGGACGCCUUCCAUGCAACGUGCCGUCCGCCUGCUGCGCGCUGCCGUGUCUUUCUUUGUCUCUGGACACGAUUGCCAGAGGUGCCGCGCGCAAGAGGCAGACGGGCCUCGCGUGCGCUUUGAUGCAAAUACCACCCCUCCUCAGAGAGCGAGCUCUGGCAAGAGUCAAGUGGCGGCCGGCCGAGUCUGGCGAGCAGCCCCUGUCCGCCUGGAUAGUGCGAGGCUGUUUCUCUUCGCUCUUUUUUUUUCUCUUCAUCUUCUCCUUGGGGGCCUCAAAAAUCCCAUGCUUUGCGUCCCCACCUGGCUCUCUGGCCAGAGUCCGUGGGUCGCGGGGGAACAAAGUCUUGGGAGUCUCACAUGCUGCAUUGCGCCUGUGCCGGUGCCUGACCACCACAUGGAAACCACAAAGGGCCGCCCGCCCACGCUACCAUCCCACGGCCUUGCUUGUCGUGGUAUCAGCCGGCCAAUCCUGUCUGGCACUUGCAUUGCCGUGAUCGAGCUGGACGCGUUGCAGAUAGAAGCCAGAUGAACGGAACGGAGAGAGACCCAGAGCUGACCCACGCCCCUAUUCAGAAUCCCCACUCGACCAACAGCCUAACGAACCCAUCCAUGUUUUCCCUUCAUCUGGUUCGGCCAAUAUAAUCGAAAGAAAAAGAAAAAGAAAAAAA